UGUUGUGUGCGCUUGUCCGUGUGCCGGUUUGUUUUGCAAGCAGAGCUGUUGUCAUCUCGGUUUCUGCAACACGUUGACCCACAGCAGCAGGUCGGUUUAGCUUUUAGGUUCAGCAUUGUCGUCGGUUUAACAAAAUGUUUCACACAUUCACAAACACACAAUGUUAAUAACAUUACUUUAAACCUAUUUAUGCUUUUUAGAUUCAUCAAUUAAUUCGAAAGUGUUACCGUUUGUUUGCAACGUAAAGAAACUACCGUUAAAUCCAAAGACGGGAGUUGAAGAUGGUUUGAGUGGUGUCACAGGAUAUUCUCUAACUAUCCAUUCACCACAAAGCCUGUAGAACAUUCUGGCGUUUGCAAUGUGCUUGUUUGACAGUGAGCUCCAGCAUCCCGUCCACAGAGGGCCAUGCACGUUGCACUGCGGCCGCGCAGGUAAGGCUCAGCAGCGAGGGGUCCGGGGGGGCAGCGUGUCGUAAAAAAAAUAUGCAAGAAAGCGAUGCACCUGCCUGCCUCUGCAUGGCUUUCUGCAUUGAACAAUUGUUAUUGUCAUUGUGACAGCUGACGGGUCGGAGUGCUGCGUCACAGUGAGUGUUAAGCCGGGUUGACUAAGCCCUGCCCGGUGCGUGAUUGAUUGUAGUUGUAAUCUUCCUUUCGCGUGGAGCUGGACAUCACUUGCAGUAAAUAUUCAACCACCACAAAGUAUUAUGUUUUUUGUAAUGAUGCCCCCUGCACAACUCAACAGCUGCUUUUUCAUUCCGUUCAUGGCCUCAACCAACGUGAUGAGUGGCCUGCAGCUUUGAUGAAAUGCAGUACUGAGGAACGCAAAAUGAAUAGUUUGAAUACGUUUAAACAGCGUAUGAGUGGCGUUGCAUUGAUUCCAGAGGUCUCCCUGUGUAUUGCGCCCUCUAGCGGUUGUCUGGUGCUCUGCCUGUGCCUGUCUGUGUUCACCCUGCUGCUGCAAACCCUCUGGGUUCCACUUGAGACGACCCUGGAGGAACCUGCCGGCAGGUCACCCGAGGAACGAGGUCAGCGCGGCCUCGGCCUUCGCAGGCUGGCGCUCCGCUUGGAGGCUCUGAGCACUCAGGUGCAGCGGCUGAGCGGAGGGAGAGGCGGCGCCGCCCGGCCCGGCGGAGACGAUCUCAGUCGGAUGCUGCGAAGCUUCAGACUGGACCAGCGAGGCUUAACGCGCUCGGUGGAGAAGCAGCUGAGGAGAGUGUCCCAGAGGCUGGAGCAGCUCAGCCGCCUGUCUCGCACUGCAUCACAUGACCUCAGGCCACACGCAGGGCCCGAGGAGAAGUGUGAAGUGCCAGCGGAUCGUGCGUAUCCGCUGUGUGCGGAGAAAGUGGAGUUCCUGCGGGCGCGUUGGCACACAGACCCCUGCUACGCCUUUUACGGGGUGGAUGGUACCACCUGCUCCAUAUUGACGUACCUCAGCCAAACAGAGGACUUUUGUCCCCUUCGUCUUGGAGGAAACCACUCUGUGCCGCCAUGGCGCCGCAAACCUCACUCCGACCCCGGGAAGGCGGAGGUACGCACCAGCCUGAGCCCACUGUACGAGGUCAUCAGCAGCAGCGGCGGCCCUGCAGUGGACUUCAUCCGGUCCAGAGUGGGGAGGAUGUCUGAGCGGUGGACACGGGCUGCUCUGAGGAUGAGGCAAAGCAGCAACGAGACAUUCCCGACCCAGAUGAGGGUGCUGCUUUACCCCGGGGCCCUGGCCGGCAGUGUUGGCCGGCGGUUUGAGGCCCUGGUGGACAGAGGGGGGCCCCUGGGGGAGCUGGUGCAGUGGGCCGACCUCGGCGCCUGUCUGACCAUCCUGGGCCACAACUUGACCUUCAGCACCUCACGCCGACUCCUCCACAGCCUGAUAGGUGCUGCGCCAGGACGAGGCAGUUGUCCAAUUCAGAGGCCCCUGACCUUUGACCUCAUCUACACCGACUACCAUGGCCUCGCUCACCUACAUGGCGCCAUGGGAAUGGCUUUCCCGCAUUACCAAUGUCGCUUCAGAAUCCUCGACUCUUUUGGCACCGAACCGGCCUUUAACCUGAGGAGUUAUGCGCGUAGCCGUGGGUAUGAAACGCUGUGGGGAAGCUGGGGCCUGCAGCCUCUGCAGUACCUGACCAUGUUCCCUCACACUCCUGAUAACUCCUUCCUGGGUUUUGUGAGUGAAGAGGCGGCGAGGGAGGACAGCUACAGGAAAGAGCGGAUAGCGGUCAUCUACGGCAAACAAGACUAUAUGUGGCAGGGCAAAUCUGAGUAUGUGAAGGCGAUCAGUGACGAGAUGGAGACCCAUGCUACGGUCUACCAGCCUCCAGGGCUCGCCUCCAAUCUGCCCGGCUUCAUCCGAAAUCACGGCCUGCUGACUCAGGAACGCUUUGUCCAGCUUUUACGCAGAGCCAAGGUGUUUGUAGGUCUCGGGUUCCCAUAUGAGGGGCCGGCCCCAAUUGAGGCCAUAGCCCUGGGAUGUGUCUUCCUGCAGCCACGACUUCACCCCCCCCACUCGGCAGACAACAACGAUUUCUACAAAGGGAAGCCCACCUCCAGGAAGGUUUCCUCCCAGCACCCUUACGCCGAGGAAUUCAUCGGAAAGCCUCACGUGUGGACCGUGGAUGUGACCAACAGGACUGAUGUGAGGGAGGCAGCCAGAGCCAUCCUCCUCACACAGGUGAAGCCUUUCACUCCCCCAGAGUUCACUUGUGAGGGGAUGCUGGAGAGGCUUCGAGGAUAUAUUGCUCACCAGAAUUUCUGCAGUAAAUCUGCCCCUACUUGGCCCCCAGAAAGCGCUCUGAGGAUGCAUCUGGGUCCCCUGGGUCAGUCAUGCGUUAGUGUGUGUCGACGGUCCUCCCUCGUGUGUGAGCCGGCCCUUUUCCACCACCUAAACGGACCUGCUGCGUUCGCCAGACUCAGUAUAGGCUGCUCCAGCAUGGGGAGGGAAGCCAACCACCUGUUCCCAUCCUACAGCCCUUGGGGCCGACACUGUGCGCUGCAACAGGAGCCCCUGCUGUUCAGCUGCGCCGGCUCCGACCCGUCCCACCGCAGACUGUGUCCCUGCAGAGCUCACCUGCCCGGACAAGUGGCACUGUGCCCCGACUGCCUCUGAACAACUGAGGAAAUAGAUGGAGGGGAGGGGGGGUCAUGUGAUGAAGACAUGCACCAAAGAGACAUUUGCAAUGCAAACUGUGCAGGUGAAUCUGUGGCGAUGCCACUGAACCGCCGUAGAUAGAUCUGGGUUUUAUUCUCAUUUAUUUAUCGAUACCACCUCAACCACUUUUAGUGCCCCACUAAUCCGAAGCAUUACAUUCAUCUUUCGUUAUGUUGUGCCAAGGCCUUAUAGAGAUACUCUAGGGUAUUUCCACUUUCCAGAUCGUAAUUGUCAUGGAAAAGGGUUUUGUUUACGACAGUCAUUACUCAGAAACAAAAUAAAUAAUAAAUAAUUGUUGUUGUUUAAGGAUGAUGAACUCAAGGCCGGUCUGUGGGUGCACAAUAAAACCCUCUUGUUUUUGUAGCUUUCCAUUUGAUCCCUCGGGCAAGUAUGAAAGCAAAGCCAGCUUCGGCAAAAGGGUCUUCAGGUGCAUUUAAACGUGAGGCGGCACUUACGAAUCUAAAGCCAUUUAAUGAUCUUCUGCUGCAACGCCACGCUGAAUAAGCGUCCAGGCAGUCAUUUGCUUCCAGCGACGUGCGACGCCGAGUGGAAUGGGAUUACCACUCAUGUCGCCCGGCUACGCUUCGCUGGCUGCAAAUAUCAGCCAGAGACGGGAAGCCGAGCGGGUGACAGGCCUAAGUGAUGGCGCUCAUUAUCCGGGUGAAUCACGGAUAACCUCUGGGUGCCUCUUGGGUCACAGCCAUGUGAGCAUCAUUAUACUGUCAUAUAAACCAUUGGUUCCCAAACAUGUUUGAUUUAAGAAACCCCCUCAGCUCUGUUUAAAUCCAUCCAUCCCCCCCACCAGUGACGGCAGGACCGGAUUGUUUGUCUUUCAAACACAUAUUGUGCGUCAUUAGCACCAGCGAAAAAGUCACUGAAGGCUAAAUAUGUUUUCUCUUGUUAUUUUUACUAGAAACGACUAUUUGGAUCAAAACAGAUGACUCAGCUCUUGUAUCAGCGCCGUUAUUAUUCCUCCACUGCCUCAUAACCUACAGUAUUUAAAGUAAAGCCCCCUCCCCCCCGGGUUGAUAUGAAAAAAAAAACUGUAAACUUCACACACGUACAAGCAGGACCUCAAAUAGUCACGCAGAUUUAUCCCAUCAUCCCUUACUGCAAAACAGCUUGUAAAAGAAACAAAUGAUAUCCACUAAAAGGCUGAGCUUCGGCGCGAGCGAUGGGCUGCUGGAUUCACACGUCGCAGCUGCUGGCAAAGACGGCUCCAACAAUGGCGCCGCGGGGGCCAUGUUCAACGCCAGGCUUCCCUCGGAAACUUCCCUCGCUCUGGUUGAACGUUAACUGGCGGGACCUUUUCCGCCCCGAUGCACUUCAUGCAAGCAGAAUAUGUUGCCACUCGGGGAUCGGACCGCUCGGGGCCGCGAUGACAGCGACGUGACAGCGAGGGGCGAGGGCCGUAAAACGCAGGUGGAACGCUGCACGAAAACGACGUCGGGGAUGAAUGCGGCGGACUUAUUUUGGACACGUGACUUUUGUUUAAUUAGCUGAGGCGACGGGAAUGAACUUGUGUUUAUGUCAAAAACGUUGUUUGGAUUAAAGGAGAAUUAAAGUGGCUUCUGACUCUUUGGAAAAGUGA